AUGGCGCUGCGCGUGUUUGCGUGCGCGCGGGGACGUACGCGCAGUUUUCACGCGGUGUGCCUGGAGAAGGGCAUGAGAGGCGCUGGCCGCGCGUGUAUUGGCGUGUGGGAGUUCGGAGUAUGCCCGGAGGGCGUGAUGGUGCCCGAAGGGCGGUCCUCCAUGCGGAGGCUGAUAAGGACUGGCUACGCGACCAUCGAGAUCGAGCUGAAGAACGAGAAGGCGGCGGAGCGCUCGUACUUGUCGUACAUCGAGCGCACCGCGCCAAAGGAGAAGGAGCUCACCAAGGAGCAGCUCGCGGCAAAGGCCGCGGCACGCAAGGCCAAGAAGACCCGGCAGAAGGCGCGCCGGGCCAAGGAGGCCGGCGAGCGCGCCGAGAGCGUGGCCGAGCGCGCGGAGCCCCCGCGCGCCGCGCAGCUACGCGCGAACAUCCAGUACGUGAUGGCCGGGCUGCGGACUGCAGCUGCGCAGACGCGCGGCCAGGCCGGGUCCAACAUUGGGGUCGAAUACUCGCUGCCCCCGGAGAGGGGACGGGUAUCGACGCGGCCCCAGCAAGCUGUACGCCACGGUUCCCCAGGGGACCGUGGCGCGACGACGGUCGCACCAGACUGGCUCGCGAACGAGCUGGCCGGGCGCGGCAAGAUUGAUGCGGCAUGCCGCGACCGCAUGGUCAUGCACCUGAUGACGGCCGCCGGCGCCUCGGCGCCGGCCGACGCCGUGUUCAGGUUCACGGCCGGCGAGGCGAUGCAGACCGAGGACGACGACGAGGACACCGACAGCUCCGAGGAGUAUUCCGACGACGGGAGGGUGUCCGACUAG